AUGUAUCCAGACAAAAUGACCGAAUUGCCAUGGCUGAUGUUUAUACUGACUUUCAUUAGUACGUUUCAGUGGCCUAAUUCCCUAGCAGAACACAAUCAUUUUGUAUUAUACAAUAAUUCUCACUGGGAAGAAAAUAUAUGGACUAUGGAUAAUGAAACUACAACCACGACUUAUAAUGAAGAUCAAAAAAAUGUUCCUGUUCCUAGUAUUGAAAAUAUAAGAGUUAUAGUUUCAUCAACAGUGAAUUUGACAAACUCUUCAUCAAUUGUUAUUCCAACUUUAACUGGUGAGAAAAUUAAAAUCAAUUCAUUUAUACCUGCACAAAACGCAAUUGAGAAAUGCAAAUUGAAUGAAAGUUAUUGCAUCAAAAUUGAUAAUUAUCCAAGAGAAGAUUUAUCAUAUCUUAUUAGAACCAGCAAGUUUGUGUUAAAUCCUUAUUAUGAUAUAGAUGCUAUGAAUGAGAUAAAUGAUUUUGAAACAAGAAUAUUAGAUGAUUCACUUGAAUCAUUUUGUGAGUCAAAAGUAAAAGUAAUAUUUCCAGAAGCCGGUCUUACAUCAAAAAACGAAUGGCGUUAUAUUAUACAAACUCCAGAAAUUAAUGACAAUGGCACUUUCAUUAAACAAGGAAUUCUAGUGGAGAAAUGCAUUGACACUAGAGUUCCGUGCAAAUUUGAUGAUACAUUACCAUUAGGAUACGUUUCAACAUGUAUACAAAAAUAUAUCCUCAAAAGAUUAAUAUCCAUUGGAGGUUCACAUCAUUUUUACUAUGAUUCUUUUAAAAUGCCAUCUUGUUGUCAGUGUAUGUAUAGUAGAAUUGACUAUUAA